AUGGGAAGCCGCUCAACUCUUCACCCACGCGUUGUUAAAGCGCAAUUGAACCACCAUCUCGCGGACGUCAUGCCUGCCGUCCAACAGGAAAUCUUUGACUCAGUGAAGGACAACUUUCCUUUGUGUGACGACUGGACACCAAUAUCUGUCGUCUCAACCCUAACCCAGAUCGUUGCGCGCGUCUCCUCUGCCAUGUUCGGCGGAACUACACUUUCGCACAACAAGCCUUGGGUUGCCGCAAGCAUCGCCUUCGCCAUCGACGGCUUCAUCGGGGCGCAGAAACUGAAGAAGUACCCCGUGUUCAUGAAACCCCUAGUUGCACCUUUUAUCCCAGAGCUUAGAAAUAUAGCCAAGCAUUACAAAGCCGCUGAAGAGGCUGCAAUACCUCUGAUAGAGAGCAGGAGGAAGAGGCAAGAUGAAGCGAUGGAUUUAUUAUAUUGGAUGGAUGAACAAGCCAAGGGUGAAGAGAAGGAUUUGAAGUUCCUCGCGGGAAUACUGUUGAAAAUUUCCUUUGCAGCUAUCCACACAUCUGCUGCAGCUCCAGCACAACUGCUCUUCGAUCUAUGCGAAAGACCAUACAUUAUCCACGAACUGCGCAAGGAAAUUGCCAGUGUAAUGGACAAAGAUGGAAUGAUAUCAAAAGCAGGGUUCCUGGAGAUGGUCAAGAUGGAUAGUUGGAUGAAAGAAGCCCAACGCUUCAAUCCGCUUCUGCUCAUCACUUUCGAACGCGUAGUCCAUAGGCCGUUUACACUGUCCUCGGGUCUCAUCAUUCCCGCACACACUACAAUCGGCAUUCCGACACAAGCUAUCACCAUGGACCCAGCUCUCUAUCCUGAUCCGGAGACAUAUGAUCCAUGGCGCUUCUCCAAGCUACGAGAAGAGAGUGUGGAAAACGAGGGCAAGGCACAAUAUGUAGCAUCGAAUCCUGCGAGUAUGAGCUUUGGAUAUGGAAGGCAUGCGUGUCCUGGAAGAUUCUUUGCAACGCAGGAGAUCAAGGCGAUCAUGGCGCACAUCAUCAUGGGCUAUGAUGUUAGAUUUUCAGAGGGGCAGACGAGGCCGAAUAGUCUCUGUGUUGAGACGCAGUAUUUGCCGAGUCCGGAGGCAACAGUAGAGUUUAGGAAAAGGUGA